AUGUCAAUGUAUGGUGUCUUUUCUGAAGUUAUUCAACCAGCCGUUGAUCCAAAUGCAAAUUUUGCAGUGAAAAAAGAAGGAAAAAAUGUAGAAAUUUAUGUUUUAGAUAAAUGCCAUAGAAGUGUCGAUGGAACUUUUUUCAAACUCGAAAGGUUUAGAAAAAUAGUGAUAUUGAAAAGGGGACUUUCAUGUGACAACCUUGUCGAAAUUGAAGAUCAGAGCGAACUUUAUAAUAUGCGUUUCUUCAAAACAUUUCCAGAAAAUUACGUUGUUAAAAACAUAUACAGUGAUACUGAAAAGUGUACAAAAACGGAUGAACAACAAUAUUUAAAUUACGAAUUGAUAUCGCGAAAGUGUGUUGCAGUUGGAGAAUACUUUAGAAAAGUGACUCGAAUAGAUGACACUUAUGUAUUUGAAACUUAUUCAUCCAACGAUUGUUCCGACUCUCCAAUAAAUCGCGAAAUAUAUGAAUAUGGCAAGUGUUCCAAUGGCGUCAUUUUUGCAGAUGCAAUUUUUGAAAGUGCAGUUGAUGAAAAUGCGAGUUAUGCGUCUGAAAUUUAUGAUCAUGAAACGCAUCAAAUGGUGUACUUUGAGCUUGGGAAGUGUGUUUAUAAUAGUAUAAAUGAUGAGAAAGUAUCGUAUAUCAAGAUAUUACAUUAUAAUGAUAUUACCGAAAUUGAAGAAGGAAACUCAUGUGACACUCUCUAUAAAACAGACCACCAAGCAUUUGCGGGAACUUUUGUUUAUUUGUUACACUAUUACCACAUGAUAUAG